AUGUCCGCCAUCCCAGUGUCUGAACUGGGCCUCAACUCGAGCGAAGCGAGAUAUCUCCAGCAGCAAAUCGCCGCCUCGCAGCAGGGCAGCAAUUCGUCGCGCGCAGCUUCUCACGCCUCCAGCCAGGGCCGUCUCCUCCUGGAUCCCACCAGCUUACAGGCGCUCAGCGCCCACUUUGACCGUCUGAUGUACUCGAUCCAGCAGCGAUGGCACUAUUACGACCGCGCAGGUAACGCAAUCCAAAUGGCCGACGCCGAAAUCGCCCGCUUCCGCGCCAUCCUGCGCGAAAUCGACGAGCUGCAGACGGAAUUCGACAAGGUCCGCCGCAUUGGCGAGAUUGUCAAGGGCUUCAGGUCGAGGGUCGAUCGCUUGGAUCGCCGCAUAUAG